AUGGGUGCUGAUGAUCCCGGUUCUGAGGCUGGUCCUGCCGUCUGCAGUACAGCCGAGGACCCAGAAAGCGAAGAUGGAGAACAAGAAGAAGGAGAUGGUGAUGAUGAUGAAGACGAUGACGAUGACGACGAUGACGACGAUGAGGAAGAGGAGAUCAUCUGGGAGCCACUUGCUCUGGCAGCAACACGCUCCGACCUGACUACGUUCAACUUCCUACUCGAGAAGUAUGGCCACAACCUUCCGCCGGAAGAGUUCCACACAGCUCUGGCUCAGGCUGCCGGUCAUGAUCGCAUGGAGGCGUUAACUCGCCUCUUCGAGGUGAUGGAAUGUCCAAGAUCAGCGAUCCAACUUGCUCUGGAUGAAGCGUCAUUCACUCGUCGCUGCGACAUAAUCCAUUUGCUGCUGACAAAAUGCUCAGGUCUUGACUGCAACGCGGCACUUUUUAGCUUCUGCUAUGGAUUUGAUGGCGAGCAGGAGAUCGAAGUGCUCGGAGCUUUGUGGGAGUAUUCGAACGCGACCAUCUCCACCGCGAUCUUGGACAAAACACUAUAUGCGGCGACUGAUUUCGAGUCUGCCAAUACAGUCAGAUUGCUGCUAAGAUAUGGCGCCGAUCUCAAUGCCAUAGGCGAAGAAUACGGAAACGCCCUCACGGCUGCCGCCUACGAUGGUACAGUUCACAUCAUCGAGAAUCUGCUUAGCUACAAGGCCGAUGUCAACGCGCCCGACGGCUGGGCCUUACAGACUGCCGCCGGUCAAGGGCACGUGGAGGUUGUUCAACUGCUUCUGAAACACGGGGCAGACGUGAAUGCCUUCAGCGUGCAUAAGAAUAUGCCACAGGGGACUGCUCUCCAAGCUGCUGUCGAGGCUGGGAAUGUAGAAAUCGCCGACCUUCUUCUCGAGCAUGGCGCGAACCCCAACCGAGGCGGGGGUCUGUAUGAGUAUCCCAUCAUUGCUGCUGCGAGCAAAGGCGACAAAGAAAUGGUACAGCGUCUCCUCCAGGCCAGGGCGAAUCUGGAUGUCACUGGAGGGCCAAACAUGGCUGGGCCUAUUGCUUCAGGUUCCACGAUUCUGCCGCAAGAAACCAUUCGCUCACUCCUUGACGCUGGUGCGGACAUCAACUUACCAGAUAAGAACGGCGACACGGCGCUCAUAAUGGAGGCGUUUAACGGAAACGGCCAGGUGGUGCAACUAUUGCUCGACCGUGGUGCCGACGUGCUGCACGCGAAUAGGAACGGCUUCAACGCGCUACAAGGAGCAGUCAUGAGCGAGAACGCGGGGUGUAUCAGCGUCAUUGUUGAACAUGUAGAAGCGCUGAUGGAGCUGAUACGAGUGGAAGUUACGUCUGGCAAUUCUGCGGUGUCGGCUCUGGUACGCAAAGUUGAGAACAGAAACCAAGGCCUUGACUACGGCGACUGCCCAGCAGGAAAGCCACAGGAGCCAACCGGCUCCAUGAUCUCACGGGGCUUAUCUUCCGUGGCAGAAAUGUCGGCAUUGGCCUCCUUACCUGCCCCCGAGUCUGGUAGCUUCUCUUCUGGCCAUCCGCUUGACAACCCGCGAUCGAGCUAUCGAGAUGGCGGUUGGGCACCACUUGAUCCUUCAAAGCACCCACAGCCUACGAGAUUCGAUCCAGGAGCAACUGGACAGGCAGAGUAUGUAGGCAACUUCGGGCCUCACCAACGCUCCAACAGCGGAGGGCCUGGACGGCAUGGUGUGCCUCAGAUAUCCGCAGCCCACGAUGGGUAUGCUAGAAGGCUCACCAUGGCUACAUCAAGUGAACCAUCGCUCGCGCAAAGGUCCACAGACCAAUCUCUUCAUCAGUCAGCGUCCGCAAGCGGUUUGAACCAGUAUGGCGAAAGAUAUGGAGUGCCGCCAGCCGGAACUUCAAACCUAUACUACUGCCAGGAACCUCGCCGGCCACCCCCCAGGGCUUCGCUGUCCUCGGACUCUAGCCUCGACUAUGGUCCGUACCAGCCGUACAAGGGCCCUUCAAAAAAGUCGAAGCUUCCACAACAGCCUUAUCCUCACAGCCAAGCCCAGAACUACCAGCCACUGCCUCGAGACGUUCGUCCUGUGAGCUCCACGCCAAUUGGCCCAAGGGCCACGCUGGCGCCAUCUGAGUCGUAUCAACUUGAUCCUUAUCCUCCGAUGGAUGUUCCUCCCAUAUAUCACCAGCAGCCCCCACAACAUGGAGGCGGGCCUGAGACAGUAGCCGCUCGGCGUCAGACAUAUCAGCCAUACCCGCAGGCACAAAACAUGGAGUCACCGUAUCACGCGUACGGCCCCGCGAGCAGUAAUGUUACGUCGUCCUUGAACCAGACAAACCAACAAGAGCAGAAGCCUGCGUUACCACCCCCACUGCAUCGCAAACCCGUCGCUGUGUCUGCAAAGCCGGCCUACUCCGGUCAAACGGACCAGCAGCCGCAGCAGUACCUUCACUCCACAUAUACCCAGAACUCAGAGUCUGGGUCCUCGUACCUACCAUGGAAGUAGUUUCAAGAAGGAGAGAAGUUGCUCAAUGAUGGGGGCAGUUCUGCUUACCUACAUGUACCGGGCUCAUACUUUUCAAAGACAUACACUGGUCCAUGUCCCU